CUCUUUUUAUAGAUACUAGUAUUAGAAAAAUAAUAAUAAUAAUAAUAAUUCGCUGAGCGUGCCGCAAUCAUACACCUCAAUUGUUGCUAGGAUGUGACGCUCAAUUAGACAUUCCAACCGCUGAGACAUCAGUUGGUUAGAGUUUUCCUUAAAGCAAUAUUUAUUAUAGUCAAUUCCGAAUUGUGAAAAGGGUAAGAAUCAUGAAGGGAUUGAAUUGUAGCCACAAAGAUUGUCCAAACCGAACAACCUCUAGGAUAGUAACAAAAGGCAAAAGUUGGAACUCCACGGCAGUAAACAGCGCACGCACGCAAACCGCAUAGCAUCUCUACUGUUUACACAUUACCAAUGUGGUUUGCUCUGCUUCUUGUUCUUCUCCCUCUGCUGCUUCUCCUGAAAAAGGAUAGAAAAUUUGUUCCACCAAGUCCUCCUAAGCUUCCAAUUUUAGGCAAUUUGCACCAGCUUGGUAUUUUGCCUCAUAGCUCCUUGCGAGAUCUCUCCAGCAAAUACGGUCCAGUAAUGCUUCUUCAUCUCGGUCGUCUACCAACAGUGGUAAUCUCUUCCGCUGAGGCUGCAAGAAUGGUGUUAAAGAAUCAUGAUCUUAACUGUUGCACCAGACCUUCCUUAGUUGCCCUUGGAAGACUCUCCUACAAUUAUUUGGACAUAUCUUUUUCACCAUACGGUGAUUAUUGGAGACAGCUGAGGAAACUAUGUGUUGUUGAACUCUUUAGUGUGAAGAGGGUUCAAUCGUAUCGAUUCAUUCGCGAGGAAGAGGUUGUUUCACUGAUCCAUUCAAUAUCACCCUUUGGCAGUAGCAGUCCUGUUAAUCUCACGGAAAAGUUGUUUUCUUUCACGGCCAGUAUAAUUGUCAGGAUGGCCUUUGGUAAAACUUUUCAACAAAGUGGUUUCAACAAUAUUAAUGACAGAUUUGAAGAAAUGGUUCGAGAAGCCAUGGGUGUUCUGGGAAGUUUCUCUGCAUCUGAAUACUUUCCUUAUGUGGGUUGGAUCGUUGACAGACUUACUGGUCUUCACGGAAGAAUUGAGAGGAUAUUCCAUAAAUUGGAUGGUCUUUUCGAGCAAGUAAUUGAUGACCAUCUCAACCCUGGGCGGACAAGACCUGAUGGUCAUGAAGACAUCGUUGAAGUGUUACUCAGAAUACAGAAGGAUGGAAUUGAAUUCGGUGAAGCUCCUCUCACUAAAAACGGCAUUAAAGCUGUCAUCAUGGUAAGAUUAUUUUUAGCUGGAGUAGACACAAAUGCAGCCACUGUCAACUGGGCAAUGGCGGAGCUUGCUAGGAAUCCGAGAGUCAUGAAGAAAACACAAGAUGAAGUCAGAACUUUUGCAGGUAAAAAUGGUAGAGUUACCGAAGACGAGAUUGAUCAGCUUCAAUACCUCAAGAUGGUGGUGAAAGAAACUCUGAGAUUGCACCCUCCGGCCGCACUGUUACUUCCUCGAGAAACCAUGUCUUAUUUUAGAAUCAACGGUUACGAUAUUCAUCCCAAAACACUGAUACAAGUUAAUGUUUGGGCAAUCUGUCGAGAUCCAAGGUACUGGCAGAACGCAGAAGAUUUCUUCCCAGAAAGGUUUAGUGACAGCUCCAUUGAUUUUAGAGGCCAACAUUUUCAGUUUUUGCCAUUUGGUGGAGGUCGAAGAAGCUGCCCCGGGAUGAAUUUGGCAACAAGAAUAGUGGAGCUUGCACUCGCAAAUCUCUUGCUUUGUUUUGAUUGGAAAAUACCCCUUGGAAUGAAGGGGAAGCUGGUUAUUGACAUGGAAGAGGCGGCUGGUCCAAGUCUUACGGUUUCCAAGAAAACGGCCCUCCACCUAGUGCCAGUUGAUAGGCGAUCACUGGAAGAUCAUAUGGAGUGAAGGAUAG